CUGCCUGCCUUCCUGCCCGUCUGCUUGCCUCAGCCUCCGUUCCUCCCUCCCCCUUCUUCCUUUACCUCUACGCUGCUAAGCUCUUAGUUUCCGAACUAUUGCACUGAUGGAUUUUUGCGUUUAUUUUCAGGACCAUUCUUUAAUGGAGUGGUCAUACAAGAAAGCAAUCACCAUCCAAGUUUACAGUGCUUACGAUCCCAUACCUGUACCUUUGAACCUGAUAUCUAAUUGCAUCACACUACUGUGGUCUUUGAGAAACUGUACAUUGUCUACAAGAUCAAAUAUUCCAACGAAUAAACAGCGGGCUCUAGAUGCAGUUGUCGAGGAUCUUUACCGUACCUACUUUGCAACUUAUGGUUAUGCCUUUCCUCUGACGGAGGAGACUAAACUGGACCAGGUACUCCAAGAAACACAAAGAAGCCGUCAAAUGACCAAUCAGAUCACUCAGAGGAUCUUUCCGGUAUAUCCGGGACAUGGUUGUCAACAGGAAGUUCUCCCUUGUGGUGAAAAGGUAAGUGUUUGUAUGCCAGCACCAGCAAAUAUAAAUGUGCACACUGCUACGUGCCCAAAACUCCAAUUGCAUGCCGGUAUGAUGGAAACUUUUAAAGGCCACGCCAAAGAUCUUCGGCAUAAUCUACACUGA